AUGGAAAGUUCACCCAAUCAUCCGGCCCAUAUCUCGGGUGGAUGUCUUUGUGGAGCAAUCAGAUAUCACGUGACUCUCGAUGAAUGGCCACCGAAUUGCCGCAAGUGGACUGGUGCUCUGAUGACACAUAUUCUACCGCUCCCCGACUUUGCAUUUACGUGGACUCCCUCCGAUAGGCCGACCUAUCGUGAAUACAACAGUUCUCCUGGCUGCUACCGCGGAUUCUGCAACGUGUGCGGCGGCAAUCUUACCUGGCGGGGUGAUUCGUAUGGCGGCCGUCAGCUCAUCAUCUUGAGCCUCGGAAGUGUCGAUCCGGCCUGGCUAUUGAGCACAGCAAAAAGUAAUUUUGGAACUGUCCUCUGCUCUCCCCGCGGGGGAAACUAUUUCUGGGAGAACGCAAUUUUAGGAGUCACUGAUCGACCUAUGGCCGGUGAGAAACUGCUCGGAUCGGGCGAUGACAGUGCCUUGGAAACUGCCAAGUACGAUGAUAAGACUCCUAUACUUGCCUAG